CACUAUUUAAAAUAUUUCGGUUUUCUAUUUCCUCAAUUCUGGUUUCUCUGACUCGACUAAAGAAAGUGUCUUCUCCUACCCUAUACUAUAUUGUGGUGGCUUCUCACAAGGGUUGCUGUAUAUAUAAACCAAGUUACAUCUCAGCAGAACUUAAACGACUGCUGUCCAUCGGCGGAUGACCACUUGCUUCGUCAACCCAAGUCUUGCAAUCAGUUUCUUGUGUUUUUCGUCAUUAACUACGGAAUAGUGCCGGUCUUAAUUAAAAGUUUUUAAAUAAUUAUUGAAUUAUUUUUUUUAUUAUUAAAUUAUCUAACGUAAAAAUAAUUAUUGAAUUUAUAAAAGUGUUGUGAGUUGAGUCAGUGUUUGAUUCGGAAUAAACCUUAGCCGACCAAAACUCAUCGCAAUGGACACUUACGUAAAUUCAUCUGCGAAAAAUGACCACGCAUUGGAUUAUACAUCAACUAAACAAGUAUUGAAUGAAAAAUCCGAAAUGGCAGUUUUGGAUCUUUCUUGUAAAAAAGAUCAGUUGCAGGACAGUCAAAUCGCCUCAUUUAAUUUGAGUCCAGUAUCAUUAGAAGCUAGAUCAGUAUCGCCUUCAAGUGAGAGUACGAACGGCCAACAUCAUCAGCAUCAACAGCAGCAACAACAUCAUCGCCAUUAUGAUUAUCAUGAUUAUCACAAUCACGACCGUAAUUCAUCUGAAGACGAAGAACGGAAAAGUCCUGAAAGUCGUUCCUACAUGGUAACACCGCCUUCGGAGUCAGAUUCACCAAAAAAACCAAGAUAUCAAGCAAUUUCACCUCAGACAAAUUCACAAAAAGCAGAACUUGCUCAACAUUAUUACCCUCUUUCAUCACCAACAUUGUCUGUUAAUAUUCCCAUGAUACCACCAGUACCGCAGCCAGUAUUACCAUUAAAAAAUAACAGUAUUCCGUAUGUACAACAAGCGUUAGCACCGACGACAAAUAUGCUAGCAAUAAAUCCAAAGGUAUCCGAGCAAGCGUGUACACCUGACGGCAAGAAAGCACCGCGACCAUUCAAAGCGUACCCCAAAGAUCCACUGGCUUUGACUGGCCCGACGGAACUCAUGUAUGAUCACAAUUCAAAAGAAGCUUACAAUGAGUUUCGCAAAAAGAUGCUUGAAUCUGUGAGAAAAUCAAACGAUGGUACGAAUAUUAAAAUGAGAAGAUUGAGCAAAAAUUCAAAUUUACCAACCAGUACUAUUGAUGAUAAGGACAUAGCUUACUGGGAGAGACGAAGAAAAAAUAAUGAAGCUGCCAAACGUUCACGCGACGCAAGGCGGGCUAAGGAAGAUGAAAUUGCAAUAAGGGCGGCGUUUUUAGAGCAAGAAAAUAUGAAACUCAAGUACGAAAUUAUUGCACUUAGAAAUGAAACCUCAAGGUUACGUUGUAUGGUUUAUCCUAGUUAAUGAUUUGCGAACACAAAUCAUAGAUACAGAUAGUUCCUUUGUAAACACUAAUAUACAGUCCAAACUUUUUAUAAUAUUCCCCUUGAUUUUUAAAAAAAACGUCUGGAACGUUUCCGUUUCAGGUCUCGGUACAAGACUAAUUAAUUAACUGAUAAAUUAAUUAAUCCACUAUCAUUACAGCGAUUCUUUUAGCUUCUAAAAAGUGCAUACGGCGAACUUCCAAAUAUUUCAAACGUAAUUAGAAAUCUAAAAUAUGGGAAUUCGGUUAGUACCUUUUAUCCUUAAAGUCUUUAGUAUUAUAAUCUUAUAGCGAGAUUCGGGCGCAACUCGAUGUCACGUAUGAUAGUAAGAAUCGAAUACUAAAAUUUUUUUCUGAAUAAGAAAAUGAUUUGAUCCAUGCUAAUGGUAUAUCUGCAUAUUAGUCGAUUCAAAUUGUUUUGAAUCAUUUCAAAUAAUUUUGUUUAAUCAGGGCCUAUCAUCCCGAUAAUCUUACAACGAGGUUGGACUGUAGACAUUUCAUAAAAUUAAUUUAGUGUACGCUAAUUUUUGGAAGUUUAUUUUGUUAUAUAAAAAAAAGUUUUUUCUUUUUUUUUUCUUUUCGAUUAAAACAAAAAUGUCAUAGAUAAUUUGGCUCAUCGUAGUUACAAAAACGGAGUAUGAUUUUCUAUAAUUUGAUAUUAUAAUUUUUUUGUUGUAUUUUCAAUGUUUUCGUUUUUUUUGCGAAUGUUAAAUUGACUUAAUGAAAUUUAAUUUUAUGUGAUGAAUGAGCUGUCUGGUAGAGCUGUAAAUCCAAAGUGUAGAUACUUAAAUUUAUAUUUUUUUUUUCCUAAUUCAAACAAGUAUAGAUUAAACUUUUUUUUUACGAUGAAGUUAUAAUACUUGACGUUUAUUUUAGAUAUAAGUAACAGUAAUUUAUCGAUAGUAACAAAAAGAUGAAUAAAGAGUGGGAGAGAUUUAUUGUAAAUAAUUGACUGAAAGUAGUCUAAGUUAAAAAAUGUAUAUAAUAUGUAUUUAUAAGGAAUAAAAAAUCAAAAUAAUAAA